AGUGAUUUAGCUACGAGGCUGUGCCAUCACACCAUUCCAAGAGGCACUGCCACCUAACUUGCAUAAGUGAUAAGUGGCGAACCAAUCCCCGCCGAGCAAACAAUCAAAGAUAUUGAUGAUUAUUGCCCAUAUAUGAGUUAUAAAAUCCUCAAGCUAUGCCUGGGCUUUACAAGGUGCAUAAACAAGGAAACUCCAUUCAAAACUUCCGUCUUUUAAUAUUCGAAAAAACGGUUAGGUAUUUUAAGAAAGAAGAACUAUUUCCCCCUAACUUAAUAGAUAGUACAAGGGAAGUGUGUGUAAUGAAGCAUAACGCUAUUAGAGGUAGUUAAUAUUUUAUAUCAAGGUAUGCCUAUUCUUACACACCUCCUUGUAAGUCGUCAAAUAAUUUAGUGGAUUAAUCUCCACGGCGCCAAGACAACUAAAGCACGAAACCGAAAGACCCUCUCUUCCGUCUUUCAUCUCUUUUUAGAAAAUAAGAAUAAACAGAAAAGUAAGCGAAAAGAGCGGUAGGAUAUACCCAUAAGAUCAAAAUGCCUUUAUUCGCCGACCCAGCUAUCUUCCCGUCAUUCAACGAACUGCCAUCUUCAUCAACUCCCCCCGCGCCAACAACAGACUGGUUCCUGCUGGCACAGAUCAAGGAGGACAUGACGAUCACCAAACCCACGGUGAUCGUCCGGGACCGGAGCGGAGUAGAGUUCGCCGUCACCUUUGAGGACGGCGACCAUCGCGGUCUCGGACAGGGCGGCGUGCGCUUCCGGAAGGGUCACACGCUAGUUGUGCCGCGCGCGACGCGCACGGACCGCGGCGAGGGAAAAAAGGCUAUCGUCCGCGUGCCACUGGGGGAGGGAGCUGGUGUUCGACUUUUGCCCGCCAGCUUGGAACAAGUUUUUGAAAUAGGGGCGAUUCUGGAUGGAAUUGAGGCGGCUGGGCGGGGGAAGAGGUGCGCGGCGUGCGGUAAGGAAGAGGCGGAGGGGGGGGGAGAGGGUGAGGGAAAACAUCCGCUAAUGCGAUGUACGGGAUGUGGCGUUGUUGCGUACUGCAGCAAGGCUUGUCAGGUCCAGGGCUGGGGCGAAUUAGGGCACAAGGCGAAUUGCAAGGUGAUUCGGUCUAUUAAGGAGAUAUGGUCGUGACAUGGCCGUGAUAUGAUGUGCGGUAUCAUUCGCGUUGGCACUCCCGCCAGCUGGAACUGCGAGGUUACCCAGUGACUCAGGCUGCAACUGGAUGCCUCAUAUAUCCAAACAACAGAUGGGUCUUCAACGAGAAACACCCGCUCUGUGCAGCUGAUGGUCUAUUGGUAAAGCCUCUCUUUCCAAUUACCGGAAGCCUAGACCACGGAGGGGCGGUUUGCCAUGUUGUAACUUAACCUCACCACCUCAUAUUUGUGAGAACACACCACAGUUUGGCGGAUGGCGGGGGCGGUUCAACAACGGCCUUUUUUUCUUCUUCUUUUUUUCCCUUUUUUUCGUUCCCCAAAGAGGCUUGCCUAUUUUAUUUUGGAAUUUAGAUUACUGGAAAUGAAAACACAUUUUACAUAGGACAUUGUGUAAG